AUGGCCUACAGCGCCAUUGCACAGGCUGAACACAAGCAUUCCCAGGACGCCAGUUCAAUAUCUUCUGCAUCUCCGGCCCCCGGCGACGCGCCGCCACGCGCUCGAGCACCCUCUACUCAGCUCGCUUCACCAGUCUUUGCGCCACGCCUGGGUUUGUUCUGGGACGACGAUGGGAAGACGAGCAGCCACGACGAGAAUGCUUCUGCGAGCACCAGCGGCCUUGGCCAGAUGGUCCAGUCCUUCACGUUAACGACGCGGAGCAGGAACACCAGUGGCAGUUACGACCUCCUUGAGGGCGACGAUUUCGCUCACGACGCUCCCGCCUCCCCAGUGACCUCGGGCCACGAGAAAUUGGAGAAACCCAAGCCCGACCACCACCAAGGCUCACAACCUCCACCACACGAUAGUUCGAAAGCCUCUGCCCCGUUGCACAUCCCUCGGCCACUCCCACCGCCAAUCUCACGCCCGCAACCCCAAGAAAGCGGCCGCACUUCAGCCUCGAACACAACCGCGGUCUUUGCUCCCUCACCUUCAGUUCCCCUCAAACCGAUCAUCAGGACGGCGUCGGGACGCAGCACGGUCUUGCGCCAUCCUACACCCGAUCUGCAAGUCCUCCAAGGCGCUUACACUGGCAACAUUGAGCAUCUCGAGCGCACCGCAGAGCGAUUGAGUAUGACUUCGUCGAUAGAUAAUGCGAUUAAGGAGCUCCACGACGAGCAGAAACGCUCCGACAGCCGGAAAUCUUCCUUGAUCUCCUUCCCGGACCUAUCAGCGAUGUCAAGACAGUUGUCGAAUGCGUCCUCCAUCAUCGAAGUCAAUUCUGCUGCCCGAUCCGGAGGGUUCUCCCCUGCUGGGUUUGUGGUUUCCCCCAAAGGCUCCUUUACAGCGGGACCAGCAGGAAGGCUGCGGUCCGGAUCGAAAAGCUCUAGAUUUGGAAAUCGUCCUGAGCCCGAAUUGGAAGGCCGACCUCUUGAUUCAUUCGUAAAUAUGACCGCCUCAACGAGGUCCACCUCGCCGGUCCUUUCAACCGCUGCACCGGUUGACAAAAUCGACGAAAAUUCAGUCACGCUCACACGGCCGGUGGUGGACCUACUCGACGACUCUGAUAAUACGGCUCCACAUAAGCAGCCCUUACAACCGUCGGGCGAGUAUCGGCCGGGCACGUCUGCGUCAACAAAUACAUACGACGUUGCGCAUACGAUGUUCGAGGGCUUCGAUGGUGUCCAUACCGAACCACCGCUGCAGUUAAUGGAUUUAGUGGGGGAAUCGAACGAACCUAAUAAUACACAACGCAGAUUGUCAUCUGCAAAUCGGUUGUCAAUGGCAAGACCUCAAACAUACGCAGAUCCUGAUACCGGGCAGCAAAUGGUCUAUUAUCCAGCCCCUGUGCCAAUGAUGUUAAAUUUACCCCACAAGCUAUCUAAGGCGCCAUCCUCAAUGGCAAGAAAUAAGAGGAGGUCUGAAGUCCUCAGCAAUAUCCCGGCUGCCGCUCGACAGUCAGCCAUCUGGCUUCCAGAUGUGUUAGAAGAUGAUCUGUCUAUGCCAGAGGAUGUCGAGAACCAACAGCAGGAAUAUUUGCCGCAGCACCAGAGAACAACAAUGGGAGGGAGAAGGAAUACCCGAGAUCUGGAUCACCUGCCGCCCCAGUUGAGAGCGAGUACAUUCUUCGAUCUCCCUGCGCCAGCGGAGAUCGUUGAAAUGAAGGAACAGUCGGCAGUGGCUACAUUAGACAGCAUUCUUGAUGCUUCCGCACAUGCCCCUGUCGGCGCAUUUACCGACCACACAUUUGCAGGGCAUCUUGGCGCGGAAGUAUAUGGGCGGCCGGCAGCAAAGCAUAAUCGGAGCAGCACUCAGCUACUUGACACCCAACAGAAGAAACGGACAAGCUCCUUUAAUAUACUUCGUGGGAAACGAAGCAGCAGCAACCUACUCGACGCAGAUAAGGAAAAGGAUCGCCCCGCAACAAUGUCUGAGAUUCAGGAUGCUGGGAAACGGAGAUCUCCCAUCGAAGGGAGUGACGAUGAAGGGCUUAACAAUGAUACGGCCCAUUUGAACCAUUCUGAAGCUGGUGAUGGGCAAGACGGGGUUGGUAGUGGCGAAUCCGCCGUACUAGAUGAGAGCGGGGAUGAAGAACAGGAAGGACAGUCGGACGACGAUAUUUACCACGGUCCUCCGACGACCCUCCUGGCCGAACUUCAACUGCGUAAGCAACAGCAGAAACAGCGAACGCGACCAACCGCAUCGGCGUAUCCCAAUGGGAUGCAUUCCACGCUUCUGGAGCUUGAUGCUGUUGCGCAAGUCGAGCAACAAUCGCGGAAACAGAAGAGAGUCAAUCUGGCCUGGGAGCCCCCAGCGAUCGAAGAGCCAGACGACGGAGGAGAUGAUGAAGAUGUGCCCCUUGCUAUGCUUUACUCUAAAAAAGCACACGAUCUUAAUCGUCCCUUGGGGCUGAUGGAACGGCGAGAGAUCGAAGACAAUGAGCCGCUGAGUCGGCGACGAGACCGACUAACUGGCCGGCCAGUGGCCGCCCAUCGAGCUUCAACAAUGAUGCAUCUGUCACCUGCGGUUGAACCAGAAGACGAGAACGAGACCUUAGCGCAGCGAAGCCGCCGUCUCAAGGGAGGGCCCGCCAACGGACUUCCUUCGGCUCGGCCCGUUAGUGGUGACUUUGCAUCUGAGAUGAUGAGUCAGUUUGGUGGAGAUGCACUUGAUUCAGGGAUCAAAUCCGAUGCCAAAGGCAAAGGUCACGAGACUGCAUUUCUUGCUCCUGAGGAUGAGACGCUCGGCCAGCGGCGGAAGCGACUUCAAGCUGAGCAAGCCAGAGGAUCCGGCGGGGCAUUGCAUCAGAGACGCAGCAUGGCAGACAUAUUGCAAGCUGUUCCAUCUAAUAGUGCGGACGUAGCCGCUUCCCAGGCCAGGCCAUUGGGAGGUCUCCUAGGUCUACACGAGCAGGAGAUGGCAAAGCGAUCUAGUACUAUGUUCAACCUCGACCCCAAGCAGCCCGCUGGGCCACAACGUAAUCCUCCUGGCGGCUUUAGAAAUGGGAUGUACAGCGACGGCCACGCCGGCAUCGCACCUCAGCAGGCCCCCCAGCAGAACAUGUACGGCUAUGGCGCGCCAUUCCCGCAACCGAGUCUGGGCUUUAAUGGAUUUAAUGGCUUCAACCAGUCCAUGAUGCCAUUCCAGAACCAGUACGCAGCAGGCUUCCCUCCGAAUGCUAUGCAACUGGGUUAUAUGUCUAAUAUGCAACCCAAUCCAAUGAUGCAUAUGGGUAUGGGCGCUGGCGUGCAGCCUCUGAAUCAGGGACAGAUCGACAUGGUAGAGAGGUGGAGACAGAGUGUUAUGCAGUGA